CCAAAGAAAUUGAAUUGCUAUAAUUUGUUCCUUUAUAGCUCUUCUUGAAUUUCUUUUACCUAUGCUAAACGUAUGAUUUGAUUGCUCUAUGCAUCUUCUCAAUGGUAGCAGAGUUAUAUCAUUAGCAAGGAAGAUUUUUCAGUUGUCACUGUAGUCUCAGCCUUCCUUCAUUGGUUUUCUUUCUGUUGGAGGUGGGAUUUUCUUAAGUUUAGGUGAGUCAGCGCAGGCAGAAGAAAACCAUUUCAGUGGCUCUUUUCUUAAUUAAGGAACUUUGGUGGUUUUCGUUUUGGUUUCUUCUGUUUAGUGUUGCUGCUGUUUCUCUGCAGUCACCAUCUCCAAGCAAGUUUAGUCAGGAUAGGGCUCUCGCUCGCUACUGCUUUUUCUUGUCUAGUUAAGAUCUCUAAACAACAAGUAGUAUAUAUCAGCCAGUCAAAGCCACAAAAGGUUUGGCUGAAGAAGCUUUCUGGUUAUCAGUUUCUGAACCUUAAUUUGUUCACUACUUUCGUCUCCGCUCUGCUUACGAUCUCUCGAAUAUCAGAGCCAGUCAGGAAAGGGACUGAAGACAUGGAGACUGCUGGGAAUGUGGUUGUUAAAUGCUGGGACAACCACAGAAGCCUUGACCAGAAAACGAUUGACCUAAAAAGAAAAUUGGUUGAUUUAAAUGCCCUGAAGCAAGACGUUGAAUCAAGAAAGAAGGCAGAGCUGCAUCCGAGGAAGAAAUUGAAGUCACAAGUUGAUGUAUGGUUGGGAAAUGUUGAAAGAAUAAAUGAUGAGAUACAAAACCUCGAACAAAGAGUUGUGGAAAGCAUUUCCAUCUCACGUGGAUUUUUCAUGAAAGAUGUUUUAAAAAAGAUACAAGAAGUUGAGGAGCUUCUUCAACAGGGUAAGUUUGAUCAAGGUUUGGUAGUCAAUGACCUUACGUGGAUUGGACAAGCUUUGUCAACAACAAAUUUAGUUGGGAAAGCUGCAGAGAACUGUAUGGAAGAAAUUUGGACAUGCUUGAUGGAUGAUGAUAUUAGAAGGAUUGGUGUUUGGGGAAUGGGAGGAUUAGGUAAAACAACAAUCAUGAAGAUCAUCAACAACCGACUUUCAAAAAUGACUGAAAAGUUCAAUAUUGUUAUAUGGAUCACUGUAUCAAAGGAGAUGAACAUCUCCAAAAUUCAAAAUGGCAUCUUACGUGCAAUUGGAGAAGAGCUUCGCGAAGAUGAGGAUGAAACAAUAAGGGCAGGGAAGCUAUUCGAAUGGUUGAAUGAAAAAGGCAGGUAUGUGUUAAUCUUAGAUGAUCUAUGGGACAAGUUGUCCCUUGAAGAAGUAGGAAUCCCCAAGCCUUCUAACGGGAGUAAGUUAGUGGUAACGACUCGGAUGUUGGAUGUGUGUCGCUAUUUGGGUUGUCGAGAAAUUAGAAUGCCUAAUCUUCCAAAACAAGAUGCAUGGAGUUUGUUUUUGGAGAAAGUAGGUAAAGAUGUUCUCAAUUAUCCAGGUCUGUUACCAAUUGUGGAAUCUGUUGUUGAACAAUGUGCUGGUUUGCCGCUAGCUAUAGUUACAGUAGCUAGCAGUAUGAAGGGCAUAACAAAUGUUCAUGAAUGGAGGAAUGCACGAAAUGAAUUAAGUAAACGUGUUAGAGGUGUGACUGGGUUAGAUGAAAAGGUACUUCAACAACUCCAAUUUAGCUAUGACCAUUUAGAAUGUGAAAGAGUCCAGCAGUGCUUCCUCUGUUGUGCAUUAUAUCCCGAAGAUUGUUAUAUCUAUGAAUAUGAUCUAAUAAACUUGUGGAUUGCCGAGGGGCUUGUGGAAGAAAUGGAUAGCCAACAAGCAGAGCUUGAUCAAGGGUUUACCAUAUUGAAUAAACUCAAAAAUAAUUGCUUGUUAGAAAAUGGUGAAAAUGUCGGAGCUGUGAAGUUGCAUGAUCUUGUGAGAGACAUGGUGCUACGCAUCACGAGACCACGAUUCCUAGUAAGAGCCGGCUUGCAAUUGAAAGAGAUACCACAUGUACAAGAAUGGACAGAAGAUUUAGAAAAGGUUUCAUUGAUGAGUAAUUAUGGCUUGCGAAUUCCAUCACAAAUGUCACCACCAAAAUGCCAGAUGCUCACAACUUUGUUGUUGUCCGAUUGUCGCAUAAGGAGUAUUCCAGAUUGUUUCUUUGAGCAAAUGAAGGGACUCAAAGUUCUUGACCUUUCUCAGAAUAAUUUUAGAAUUUUACCAAGUUCCAUCUCUAACUUGGAAGCUCUCACUCUGUUAUCGGUAAGAGGAUGUGAUUAUUUAAAAAAGUUGCCAUCUUUCUCAAAACUAGAAGCUUUAAAGAAAUUAGAUCUUUUAGGCAGUAAAAUCAAGAAUCUCCCGCAUGGGAUGGACAGGUUGGUAAAUCUCAAUUAUCUUCAUCUGUGGGUGGAAGAAGUCCCUAGUGGAAUAUUAUCAAAAUUCUCAUGCCUGCGAGACUUGGGGCUAAGUUCUGCAUUUGUCCGAGGAGAAGAGAUAGGUGAGUUAAAGAAGCUGGAGUUCUUUGAAGGGAGCUUUUUUGACUUGAAUGAAUUGAAUACUUUUGUGCAAGCUUUGAAGAGUCGAGGACAACAGCUUAUUCGAUACAACGUGGCUGUGGAUAUUAAAAAUUUCUAUAGAUUCUGCGAAUCGGAUAAAUACAUUGAAUUAUCUUGUUCCCAUCCAAUCUGUAGAAAUGGUGUCAAGUUUCCAUCCGAUCUUCAGAGAUUGAGAAUUAACUAUGGCAUUGUUGAUUUCCCAGAAGAAGAGGUGUUUUUUCCAUGGUUUAUCCCAAUGCAAAAUGGCAAGUUUUCUUUUCUUAAAGAAAUUGUUAUAUUUAAAUGUGAAAAAAUAAAAAAGCUGUUCACGUGUAGUUGGGUGCAAAGUAACCUCCCAAAUUUGGAAGAGUUAACUGUUCUGGAAUGUCACCAAAUGGAGGAAAUAAUAGCAUCAGAGAUGGAAUUCGUUGAAGAAGAAAGAAUGGGUGGUAGUAACAGUAAUACCAUCCCAUUGACUCUUCCCAAACUAAGGAUAUUGGACUUGGACCUUUUACCGGAGCUGAAAAGUAUUUGUGCGGCAAAUAGAGUAAUGGUGUGUGAUUCUAUUGAAGAGAUUGGAAUCUUUAAUUGUUCAAAAUUACAGAGGAUUCCUCUGUAUCUUCCACUGCUUGAUGAUGGCCAACCAUCUCCUCCUCCCUCUCUUAAGGCAAUCUUUAUAUCUUCAAAGAAGCAGCUGAGAUCGGUGGAGUGGGAUCAUCCCAAUGCAAAGUCUGUACUGGGGCCAAUUUUGAAAUCCGACGAUUUUUUAGAUCCUUGCAAAUCAGAUUCUGAAUUUGAUUACGGCUCAGAUCCUGAAUCAGAUUACGACUCAUUUCUUGAAUCAGAUACCGACUCAGAUCCUGAAUCACAUUAUGACUCACUUCCUGAAUUAGAUGCCAACUCAGAUCUUGAAUCAGAUGCAAGUCUGCCUAAUGAUGGCUAACCAUCUCUGCCUCCUUCUCUUAACCGAAUAAUGGGAUUCGGUGAAGUGGACCAUCCCAAUGCCAAGUCCCUAUUUGAGCCAUUUAUUACGCACUGGAGGCUCUGACUUGUAUAUCUCUCUCCUUAUUUGCCUGACAAGAAUGUCUAUUCGAUUGGUGGUGAGAAUCGUGAGAUGCUCAUAUCGCUACCAUCAAAAGCAAGUAGCCACAUCUGAUUGUUUGUUGCUUGAUCGCAAUCCCAUACGAGAUGUUGUCAACAACACAGUUGUGGCCUAGGUUUUCUCCCAAAGUUUGGUCUGCUGUAUGCCACAAUCCUUCAUUUAUUAGUAUCCAAGUGAAGGAACAAAGGCAGGUGAAUUCUUAGGAUCCCGUGAAGAUGUCGCUGCUUUCAAGAAGGGCAAUGAGGAAGUUAGAGCAGAAGGUGUGAAAGAGGAAGAAGGGAAGAUUACUAAACAUAUGUUUCAUGAAGCAGCAGCUAAUGCUAGAUCGCAAUGCCAUACGAGAUCUAAGGAUGGCAUCAUUUACCAGCCAGUCACAAUGGCACCUUGAGGGUGAUAUUGUUAAUGUGUAGCAUGCCUGAGUGCAUGAUUGGCAACAACAGUCAUGACCUAGGCUUUCUCCCAAAUUAACCAACAAGACUUCAUUGAUUUGAAUGCAAGUGAAGGAAUGAAGGCAAAUGCAUUCUCAUAAAACCGUGAAGAUCUUACUGCUCUGAAGAAAGACUAUGAAGAAGCUGGAGCGGAAGGUUUGAAAGAGGAAGAAGGCAAGUUUACUAAGCAUAUGUCUCAUGAAACAGCAGCUAAUGGUCUCCUCUGUUCCUAAUCUCAUUGUUACUUCAUCAGCUGUUUAUUGUCGUAAAUUUGUCCAUGUAAUACAUCCCUUGAUUUGUCUCUUUUUCUAUGUGAAGUGAGUGGUUUUUUCAAGUACAGUUGUAAGAAUUUGGAGUUUUGUGUUUUACAAUGAGAUGAAUCUCUUUCAAUGUCUAUUAGAAUAUUGUGUCUUAGUUCUUCUCAGGACAAAGAAUUUAAAACCAUGUUCAGGGUCCAA